AUGGCACAGGCUGCAUUUCUUCUGGAUCAGGACCAGUUGAGCUGUUCGAUCUGUCUGGAUCUACUGAAGGAGCCGGUGACUAUUCCCUGUGGACACAGUUACUGUAUGGGCUGUAUUAAGGGCUGCUAUCAGGAUGAUCAUACCGGUGUCUACAGCUGUCCCCAGUGCAGAGAGACCUUCACCCCAAGGCCUGUUCUUGGCAAAAACACCAUGCUGGCUGAAGUGGUGGAGAAACUGAAGAAGUCAGGACUCCAAGCUGCUCCUCCUGCUCACUGUUACGCUGGACCUGGAGACGUGGCGUGUGAUGUCUGCACUGGGAGAAAGCGCAAAGCCAUCAAGUCCUGUCUGGUGUGUCUGGCCUCUUACUGUGAAACUCACCUCCAGCCUCACUAUGAAUUUCCUGCCUUUCAAAAGCACAAACUGGUCAAAGCCACUGGAAACCUGCAGGAGAAGAUCUGCUCUCAUCAUGACGAACCGCUGAAGAUUUACUGUCGUACCGAUCAGCAGUGUAUCUGUUAUCUGUGUACAAUAGAGGAUCACAAAGGCCACGAAACAGUCUCAGUUGCAACAGCAAGAACGGAGAAACAGAAGCAGCUGGGGGCGACACAGGAGUAA